AUGUUAAUUAUUUUAUUAUUUUUAUUAGCUGAUUUAACGUCGCAAAUUCCUCCACCUCCAGUGCCUUCUGGCGCUAAACAAACGUUGGAAGAAUUAGUGGCUGCAGGGGUUAGUAUAUUGGAUGAUUUGGAAUUGUGGACUUGGUGGAAGCCUAGUUGUUGGUUGCGUUGGGGUUUUGAAUUGUGCCAUUUUUACACUGAUUUGCCUUGGUGGGGAGUAAUUGCAGCUAUGACUGUUCUAAUUCGUUUAACUUUGAUUUAUGUUCCAAUUAAAAUUCAACGUUUUAAUGCCAGGCAGAGUCAAUUUCGACCAGAAAUUCAAAAAUUUAAUGAUCGAACAAAGGAGGCAAAAAGAGAGGGAGACCACAUGCUUGGAUAUAAGUCCUGUUAAAU